GGCGCUUUCCUCCUCUUCCUCGCCGCCUGCUGUGCCUUCAUCAGCACAGCAUGGUGUCAGUGUGCGAGCGGCUGGAGGGCCUAUGAUGAGCGCUGCUACUUCUUCUCCUCCACGACCCUUAGCUGGAACGAGGCGCGCACUGACUGUGACACCAAGAAUGCCAACCUGAUGAGCAUCACCAACUGGCACGAGAGGACGUGGCUGCGGACCCAGGUGGAUGGCAAGAUCUACUGGAUGGGUCUGAACGACAUUGCUGAGGAGGGAGUAUGGGAGUGGACAGACGGCACACCGUGGGACCAUAUGAUCGCGAACUGGCGACCCAACCAGCCAGACAACUGGAAUGACGAGGAUUGUGCACAGGUGGACAGCAACGGCCAAUGGAACGACGAGGACUGUGGAGUCAAGCGGCGAUACAUCUGCAAGCGGGAAAAUCCUAAUCCUCCGGUGGUGUGUCCGACUGGCUGGACCACUUUCGAGUCCAGCUGCUACAAGGUCAUGUCGAACUUGAGGAAGAACUGGAAUGCGGCGCGCACCCACUGUGUGAUCGAGGGCGGAGACCUGGUGUCCAUCGGCAGCCAGGCUGAGGAGGACUUCACGGUCUCACAGCUGGACGACACGUACUACGACCUCUGGAUCGGAUACUCCACGCUGGGAUGCAACUCAGUGUCCUGUCAGAUCAAGCCCAACAAUACUCAGUUCACCUGGUCCGACUCCAGCACUGGAACAUACGCCAACUGGGGCACGGGACAGCCUGACCUCACUGACAAGGCAAACGGCUUGUGUGGAGCUUCGAUUAAGGAUUCCGGAGAAGAGUAUGGGAAGUGGAAGACCCAUGUGUGUCGCUACGAGAGGCCCUUCAUGUGCGAGCGCGGACUGAACACCGUUUGCCCUCCCGGCUGGAUCAGCUUCAGCGGCAACUGCUAUUGGCUCGUCAGCAACACCAACCUGUUGACCACUUGGUCCGACGCCCUCAGCAAGUGUAGCGGCAUGGGAGCCAACCUGGUCACCAUCAAGAGUAAAGAGGAGCAGCUCUUCAUCAAUGCCCAGCUGCCGGACUUCAACCAGGUGGAUAUCCCCGACAUCUGGAUCGGCCUCUCUGAUAAGGACCAGGAUGGCAACUUCCAGUGGGUGGAUAAGACCCAUAUAGAGUUCUCCAACUGGAGGGCCAACUACCCCCAGAACACAGCCAACUCGUGGGACUGUGGCCAGAUCUACACGGGGAAUUUCAAUGGUCAAUGGGAGACCACUGACUGCAACAAGAGGCUGGCUUACGUUUGCAAGAUGGCGGGUGGCCAAAACGUCAAACCCACACCAGCUCCAGACUCCCACUGUGACCAAGGUUACCUGCUGUACGGAGACAGCUGCUACCACUUUGAGUCGGAGGAGGUGAGGAACUGGAAUGACGCGGAGCAGUACUGCGUACGACAGGGAGGACACCUGGCCAGCAUCCACUCACCUGAGGAAGUCGGCUUCUUCGUAGCACACAUGCCAUCCACCUCAUGGGUUGGCCUGAGUGACAGUCAGACGGAGGGGACCUGGGUGUGGACUGAUGGCUCCGCGUCGGACUACCUGUCGUGGGAGACUGACCAGCCGGACAACUGGCAGGGCAAUGAGGACUGUGUGCACCUCCGUGGGACGGGGCACUAUCAACCUGGCAAACUCAACGACCAACCCUGCUCCUAUAGCUUCCCCUUCGUCUGCCAGAAAGGCAAAGGCCAGGGCCCCCCUCCUGUUCCACCGACCUCAGGGCCUGGCUGGAAUGAACAGUGUGGCACCUGGGUGCAGGACCCCUUCAACGACUACUGCUACCUGUUCAGCGCCCUGUCCAUGAGGAACUGGGCGGACGCCAGGAAAGACUGCGUCUACCAGGGAGGGGACCUCAUCAGCAUCACAGAGCCCUUCGAGCAGGGCUUCAUACAAGCUCAAGUGCAGGUGAUCCCUACGGGGGUGUCUCUGUGGAUGGGGGGCCACGACUCUCUGAUGGAGGGUGGCUGGGAGUGGACAGACGGAUCACCCUUCCGCUACAUCAACUGGAACUCAGGCAAUCCUGAUGACUACUAUGGCGAAGACUGCCUCAGCAUGCUCAUCAGCAGCGGCCUCUGGAACGAUGACAACUGCGGCUACAACAGGGGUUACAUUUGUAAACGGAGAGGUAACACUCCUGAGCCUCCCCCUCCCCAUGACGGUUUCUACACAGCGCUGGCCUGCCAGGAGUCCAGUGUGGCGCUCCACUGCCCCCACAACAGCGUCAUCAACAUCCAAUCAGCCUUCAUCGGCCGCAAGAGCCCGAGCAUCUGCCCUUACCUCGAUGGAGCAUCAGGGACUUGUGAGGUGCCUGGCGUUUUGCCCAUUAUCAGGAAGAUGUGUGACAACAGAGCCUUCUGUUUCCUCUACGUGCACCUCGAGACAGAUCCCUGCCCCACAGUCUCCAAAUACGCACAGGUGGUCUACAGCUGCGAACAGAACGUGUGUGUGCGAGGUCUGGGUGUGGAGGAUGGCAAUGUGACGGACAGCAUGCUGUCAGCCUCGUCCUCCACAAGUGGCAAGGGACCCACCCAGGCUCGCCUCAAUGGCGCCUCCUGCUGGAUGCCCUCCACUGCCUCCAACUCCUGGAUCCAGGUGGACCUGGGAGCUUCCAAGAAGGUGACGGGGGUGGUGGUGCAGGGAUGCCCCACUGCAGACCACUGGAUCACCAAGUUCAAGAUCCAGACCAGCACCGAUGGCACAAGCUGGACAGACUACACUGCAGAUGGAGGAGUGUUUCCGGGCAGCGUGGACAGGACCACUCCUGAGACGCAGCUCCUGGGGACGCCUGUGUCCGUGCGCUACGUCCGCGUCUUGCCGGUGGAGUGGAAUGGCCAGGCAGGCCUGCGCUUUGACAUCCUGGGCUGCAUGCCCGACUAUGCAGUAACUUGCAGUUCCAAGGUCAGCUUUGACCACACAACGGACAAGAGGAUUGUCCACUGCCCUGCUGGAUGUGCCUCUGAACCAUACCAAGUGUAUGGAACUAUGACAUAUCGUGGUGACUCGACCAUCUGUGCGGCAGCCAUCCACGCGGGCGUGAUCCUGAAUGAUAACGGAGGAGACUGCACCCUCCUGAAGACCCCCGGCCAGUCCCUCUACACCGCCUCCACCAGGAACGGCAUCACCUCCAAACAAUAUGAUGGAAACUAUGGCAUUUCGUACACGUUUGCAGAUGGAGAACUGCGCUGCUCAGGUCCUGACUGGUAUGAGUUUGGUGGCUACUGCUACAAGCCCUUUGGAGACAAGAAGACGUGGAACCUCGCCAGAGAGGAGUGCAGAAAGCUGGGGGCCGAUCUGGCCUCCAUCGCCUCCAUGACCGAGCAAUCAUGGCUGGAGAGCUACCUCUUCCUGGCCACCGGUGACGUGUGGACUGGCAUGAAUGAUCUGGCUUUCUCCGGCCUGUUCUCCUGGUCUGACCACCUACCGGUCACGUUCACCUACUGGGCACCUGGCGAACCCAACAACCACAUGGGCUUCCAUGAGGACUGUGUGGAGAUGUACUCCGGGUCGGGCAGGUGGAACGACGUCAGCUGCACUGAGCUCAACAGCUACAUCUGUAAGAAGGCCAAAGCGCACUACCCUCUGCCCUCCGUCAAGCCCACCGUCUACGGCUGCCCACAGGGCUGGGACGCGUAUGCCUACGGCUGCUACUGGUUCGAGGAGCAGGCCCUGACUCGAGACGAGGCCAAAGCCUUCUGUGCGGAGGGAGGCAGCACUCUGCUCCACAUUGGGGACCUCUAUGAGCAAGCCCACUUCACCGCUUUCCUGGGACGCUACACUGGGCACUGGUGGAUCGGCCUGAGGGGACAGGGAGGCUCUGUGGGGGUGGAUUACUACUGGGACAAUGGCAAGCCACUCUCCUUCACCAACUGGGAGAGGGACAGGCCCAAUAAUGAGAUGGGAUUCUGUGUUGCCAUGACGACGUCCCCCAUCGCGGGCUUCUGGGACAACAAGCCGUGCGACGAGCCCCACCCCUUCAUCUGUGAGAAGGCGAGGGACGGCAUCACCCCCCCGACACAGGCCCCCACGCCCCCUCCCGUCCAGGGCUGCUCCGAGGGCUGGACCGGCCAACCGCACUACAGGAACUGCUACCGGCUGUUCACUGGGGACUACUCCCAGAAGAAGAGCUGGGAGGCGGCCCGGCAGGACUGUGUGGCUCGAGGGGCCGACCUGAUGAGUGUCCACUCCCCCGAUGAGGAGAUCUUCCUCUCCUCAUACAGCAAGGGCAAGACCAAGUGGAUCGGCCUCAAGCACAACCCUGUGGAAGGAGGUUACCACUGGAGUGACGGCACGCCCGUGUCCCACACCAACUGGGGCCGCGGGGAGCCCAACAACCACGAGGGCCGCGAGGAGUGCGUGGAGAUGGUCACCACUGACAACGGCACCUCCUGGUGGAACGACCUCAACUGCAACGCCCACCAGGACUGGAUCUGCAUGAUCGCCAAGGGCAAGACCCCCGUGCUGCCGCCCGUGCCACCCCCACCAGUCCCAGCCCCUGACUGCGGCUCCAAUCCUGGCUGGAGGAAGAACAAUGGCAUCUGCUACCUGUACAACGACACUGAUCUGGUGGACUUCCAUCAGGCCUUCAUGCGCUGCUACGAGGAGAAGGCCAGACUGGUCUCCAUCCUGACAGAGGCAGAGCAGGCCUAUGUCAACACCAUGGUGGGCACAGGGCAGGUGGCUGCUGCCUGGAUUGGUAUGCGACACGUGGGAGUGGCUGGAGGACAAUACGCGUGGGUGGAUGGAUCACCAACGACGUAUGUGCACUGGGGUCCUGGUGAGCCUAAUGAUGCCAAUGGAGAAGAGCAGUGUGUACAGAUGAGGAGAUACCCAGGUGACUGGAAUGAUGUGAACUGCGGUCGGGCCACAUCUGGCUACGUGUGCAAGAAGCUCCCGGGUGAAAUCCACACUCCACCACCACCCACCCCAGCCUGGACCGGAAACUGCCCCGAUGGGUGGCUGGUGUCGGGCAGCAAGUGCUACCUCUUCAAGGGCAAGAAGGGCGAUGCCAAGGCUGACUGGAACACGGCGCGCAAGUGGUGCCGUGACAACAACGGGGACCUGGCGGUCAUUGACACACACUCGGAGAACGAGUUUGUGGCCAGCUACCUGCGUGACUUGGAGACGGCGGUGUGGAUCGGCCUGUCGGACUCGCUGCAUGAGGGGGCGUUCGCCUGGGCCGACGGCAGCUCCGUACGCUACACCAACUGGGCAGACAAGGAGCCCAACAACCACGACGGCAAGGAGCACUGUGCUGCCAUGACCCACUCUCCCCUCGUGACGGGCCGAUGGAACGACGACGCCUGCACGCAGCAGAGGGGAUGGGUCUGCUACCAGAAGAAAUCAAGUAGCCUGCCUCCUCCCAAGAGCCCGUGCCCCGAUGGCUACGUCUCCUGGUACAAGAACUGCUACAAGUUUGUGUUCGAGCCCAAGAACUGGGAGGCGUCUCUGGCAGCCUGCCAGCAGGAUGGGGCCAACCUGGCCAGCAUUGACAUGAGCUAUGAGCAAGCCUUCGUCUCCGGGGUGGUGGUCCAGGGCAAGACCGACGCCUGGAUCGGCCUCAGGAAAAAGGAGGACAGUGAUUCCUACGCGUGGACUGAUGGCUGGCCCGUGUUCUACACCCACUGGGGUCCCGGCGAGCCGACCAAUCACAAAGGAGAAGGCUGUGUGAGCAUCCACGCUCCGGGGCGCUUCAUCCAAGGCACCUGGAAUGACACGGCCUGUGACGCUCUCAAGCCCUACAUCUGCAAGACUAGCACAGAGCCACUUCCUCCGACCCCUGCGCCGGGUGAUGGCAAGUGCCGCUUCGGCUGGCCUGCGUACGGGCGUCACUGCUACUUCGUGUGGGACGCCCAGAAGGGUCAGACGUGGGCCGAGGCGCGCACCUACUGCCACAUGUUCUCCGCCGAGCUGGCGUCCAUACACAGCCGGGCAGAGGUGGAGUUCAUACGCCAGUUGAACUACACCAAGUACCACCACCUCUGGAUCGGCCUGACCAGAGAUAGCUCCUAUGGCUGGGGCUGGACUGAUAUGAGCAGCGUGGGCUUUGUGAACUGGGCGCCCGGUGAGCCAAACGAGAUCAUCCACGACGGAGAGCUGGGCAAGGAGGACUGUGUGGAGAUGUACCACGACGGCCGCUGGAACGACAACACCUGCCAACAGAAACGAGGCUUCAUCUGCCGUCAUCGCCAGUACUACUUUACUGAUGACAAUGGGAUCAUCAUACCAACAGAUCCACCUGUCAUAAGCAAUGCUGGGGUGAUCGCGGGGGCUGUUAUUGGUGCCAUAAUAUUUGUGGCCCUCAUCGCAGGAGUUCUGUACUAUGCCAUUAACGUCAGAGGCGUUAAGAUGCCCCCAGUCAGCUUCCCCAGCCGAGCCACCAAGAGCUCAGUUGAAGUGCCUUCACCAACCUUCAGCAACCCCAACUUUGGAAAUGAGUCGGAGUCGUAAGAAAUGACCGGCAUCUUCCAGCCACGCUGCUCUGAACAUCACUGUAUUAAAAUUGCACAAGCCAACAACUAUUCAAUUACUAAAAUGUUUGGUACAGUAUUUUGCAGUUCAGUCACUUUUUAGAUUUUCAUAAAAGUGUGCUCUCAACAUCACUGUAUUACAAUUGCACAAGCAAACCAAGCCAAUGCGAUAACUGUUCCUUUACCAAAAUGUUUGCUUCAGUAUUUUGCAGGUGAAUGUCAAAUGAUAUGGCACCAUAACUCUAAGAUUUUCAUAAAGUGUGGCAAUUGCAUUUUUUCUGCAUGUUUCUUGUAUAUAUUUUUGCUGUAGUUAAAAUAAUGUUGAUUGACAUUUCACAUGAUUAAUUAUUCACACUUUAGAAUUAAAAAGCAACACAUUUUUCUUGUAUAUUUUUUGUGUAUUGCUUUGAUUCCUGUAUCAGGAUGAAACAAAAUCAAUAAAAACAGAUUGAUUAACCAACCAGAGAGACUCUUAUACACGUUCCUCAAACUUUAUUGCCUCUGAAACACUUAAGCAAACAAGAGAGUCGGCCGCAGAAACAGAAAUGUACCGUCGAGCCAGACCGGCUCUCCUAACAGUUUACUGUGAGCUACAGCAGCCAGCCUUACAAAAGUCAGCGAAAAUAGCUUUGGGUGGGGGAGGAGGAAAACAAAACCAUCCUAGAGUAAAAAGAAGACAACAAAGUCGGAAGAGGGGUAGGGGGAGAAAAUAAGAAAUAGGUUUUGAACUGCCAAAAACAGUCUUUUUUAUACAACCAUAUAUAUAUAUAUAUUACAGCUCAGAGUAUUUACAAUAUGUUCAUCACAAGGCAAAAAAGUUGAAUUACAAAAUAAUUCCAAAACAUUUUUUCCUCAGCAAAUGGUUCUAAAGUAAGCAGGCAACGUGCCCUCUGGAAUAUGACAAAUAGUGUUUACCUAAGAAAAUGAAGAGGAUAGGGAAGCGCUCUCCAUUUCAACUAACACAUUUUGCCAUCAAAAACGAGUCAUUGUUAUUUGAAUGUGCAGAUUUGACUAAGCAACUGAUAAAUAAGCCAGAGCCUAGAAUGCUUAUUUACAAGAAGAGGCCUUCUUUGGAGGAAUCAGUUGUGAAACAAAAAAAGCAAACAAACCCCUGUCUGAUGGACUCGUCUCCCUAUGAUUCCAAAAAAAUGAGAGUGAAAUAAAUACAAUGAACCAUCUUUUCCAUGAACUAUCAGUCUUUAAAUGCUUCUAUGUGCAGUCUUUUCCCUAGUUCAUCCUCCUAUUCAUAGAUGUGUAGAAAUUGCCAUUCCAGUGAGUUCCCAAAUCAGGAUAUCCAGUAUGGAUACUCACAAUUUAAAAAAAGAUAAAGAAAUAAAGAAAUGUCGACUUGAUAAGACCUGUUGGCUCAGUGAGCUGGGGCCUACACAUAGCCACGCCCCCUUGGUGAGGUCUUCUAUAGUAAUGACUCCAUAUUCAUCAGCCAUCCCACCCCAGCAUAGUUAAGUAUUAUUGCUCAACACCCAGGAUUCCCAUUGGCUUACCUGGGUAAAAGCAACAACAUCACUGAUUCCCAUUGGCUUACCUGGGUAAUCGCAACAACAUCACUGAUUCCCAUUGGAUUGCCUGGGUAAUCGCAACAACAUCACUGAUUCCCAUUGGAUUGCCUGGGUA